AUGACGAAAAUAUGGAAUAUACCGUUACUACAGGCCGUAGAUGAGGGUUCCGCCACCAUACCGGGCGAAACAGGAAUUCCUCUUGACGUCGAUCAUGUCGGCAUGAACAAGUUUGAGUCUGAGCAGGAUAAUGACUAUAAGUUGGUGAAGGUAGAGCUUGACAGAAUGGUCGAGCGUGUUUUAGAAGAAGUAAAAAAGACCGAAGAGGAAGAGAUAUUAUCUAAAGUACUCGACGACGAAAUGAAAGGGUGCCUUCAAACCUUAAGCUUUGAAAAGAUGGAGAGUCGUCAAGGGGAUGUUGAUGAGGCGGAGGCUUCCACUUUUGAAUGGAUCUGGGAAGACAAAACGUUCCUUGGGUGGGAUGCAGAGAGUUCUGGGGUAUUCUGGGUACUCGGUAAACCCGGAAGUGGCAAAUCGACCUUCAUCAAGUAUGUCCUCGAUGGGUUCAUCCAAUACAAAGACAUUCUUCCCGAGUACAAAAAGCUUAAGGAAAGAGUUAUUGGUGGUGAAAAGAUACAAUGGCAACUGUCUUCAAUGUCCAAGAUAUUAAGAUCUUUGUUACCGAUCCCUCCGCUACGGCCAUUUACAUAUUUAUCGAUGGAUGAGUGUGAAGAAGAGUCGAAGCGACCUAUGACAAUACAUUUGAUGGAACUUGCAAGGGCCUGUACAGGUGGAAGAUUGAAGCUGUUCGUCACGAGCCGUCCAGAACCCUGGCUAAUAAGCAUAAAUAAAGCUGCGGGGGAAACCAUUCGAUCAAUCACCCUCCAAGACUUUAACCAUAAUGACUUGAGAUCUUAUAUCAACACUCGAGUGAGGUUUCUUCAAACAUCACACCAGGAGUACUUGAAAGGAAAGCUUAUCAGUCGCUCAGAUGGUGUAUUUCUCUGGGCUAAGCUGGUCAUUGAUAUGCUGGAGAAAAUAGUCUUUGGAGCCUCUCUUUCCGAACUUCAAGAGAAACUAGACUCUGUUCCUGAUGAGCUCACAGAACUCUAUAACGAAAAGAUGAAAGGGCUAUCGGACAAUGAACGCACGGAGGCAGUAGAGGUGUUUCGUUGGGUUAUUCUGGCAAAGCGACCGUUGUCAUGUGAUGAUUUGCGAUAUGCGCUUGCAAUCAGCAUACAUAAGGUUUCUUCAAUUAAAAAUCUCGAGAGUUCUGACAAGGUACAAGGGCUUUCGGAUACAGAGGACCGAAUACGGAAAUAUUCUGGAGGACUAUUGGAAGUACGCUCAGGAACUGUUCAAGUCAUUCAUCAGUCUGUGAAAGAUUUUUUUCUGAGCACGGAUCAUCCACUCCGCAUUGGAGGGUCCAUCAGUCAAACACGUUUGGCCGUGACUUGCGUAUCCUUUCUGUCAUUUACCGAUAUUGAGUAUCCUCUUGAGAGGCGGUUGUCCCCUUAUGCUCGCGCUUGGAUAGGUCACAGUACACCUCUUUUCAACUACUCAAGAGACUUCUGGGUAACCCACUCAAAAGCUGGUGAUUUACGGGAUAGCUGCUACGUCAACGCUAUGCGGGGUUUUCUCUGGAGCCCUAUAUUAGAGAGGUUGAUCGACUUUUAUGACCCGGGGCGCUGGUCGGAAUUUAAAAACUCUAUAAAGCCUCAGGUUUAUAUUGUUUACUAUAAAAACCUCUUUCAGCUCGCUAGAGAUACGACCCCAAAUAACGUUUUCAAGGAUAUCCCAAAUCUCUCUGAGAACUGUCUCCUCGCCGCAAUACUUUUCGAAUAUGAGGACGAGGUCAGACUUUGUAUAGAAAGCGGAGCCGAUCUCAACGCUCAGCUAGAUAGGAAGUAUGGCAAUGCCUUACAAGCCGCCGCAACGCGCAAUGGUAACCUGAAUAUUGUGAAGUUCCUGAUCGAUAGUGGAGCCGAUGUCAAUGCCCAAGGUGGCGAGUAUGGUAAUUCCUUACAAGCCGCAGCGGUCUAUGGUACACUGGGGCUUGUGAAGUUCCUAAUCGAGAAUGGAGCCGAUGUCAAUGCCCAAGGUGGCUGCCAUGAGAGUGCCUUACAAACCACAAUCAACGAGUCUAAACAGGAUAUAGAGUCUCUCCUACGCAACAACGGAGCAAAACUCCCUAGCCAGAUCAUGGAGAUUGAGGAGGACUCUAUUGACAAUGUGGUUGACCUAACCACAUCCCCACACGCAAUUAUACCCGUCGGCAAUGACGAGAAUUAA